AUGGGUGGAGAAGGUGGAGAAGGUGGCGAAGGUGGCGAAGGUCUCGGAAGUGGCGAAAUUAACGAAGGCAGCGAAGGAGCCGAAGAGACCCAAGGCGAAACUGGAGAAGGUGGAGAAGGUGGCGAAGGUGGCGAAGAUGGAGAAGGUGGCGAAGGUGACGAAGGUGGCGAAGGUGAAGAAGGUGGCGAAGGUGGCGAAGGUGGCGAAGGUGGAGAAGGUGGCGAAGGUGGCGAAGAUGGAGAAGGUGGCGAAGGUGGCGAAGGCGGCGAAGGAACAGAAGGGACGCCUGGAGGCGAAGGUAUCGAGCCUGAAGAACAAUUCCGAGGUGGCACCAGUAAAAAUGAGGGUAUCGAGCCUGGAGAUGAAUCAGGUGGCACCAGUGAGAACGAGGGUAACGGGUCUGGAGAGCAAGUCUCAGGUGGCAGCAAUGAAGACGAGGGUAACGAGCCUGAAGACCAAUUCCCAGAUGACAUCGAUGAAAAUGAGGGUGACGAGUUUGGAGAAGGAUUGCCAGACGGCAUUGGUGAAGGCGAGGAUGGACCCGAUUUGCCAUCAAACCCGGAUGACUUUGACAUACCAGGUGCUCCAACAUCUGCUUCAAACGAAUCCAUACCAUGCGAAGACAAGGUGAACCCACGAACCGGCGUAUCAGAUUGCCCAUCGCGUCAAUAUCUUUGUGACGAUCCACUUUAUUAUUCCCUGAUGACUGACCAGUGUCCAAAAACAUGCAACAGAUGUGAUGAAUAUAUUGCAAGUGUUCUUCAAACUCUUAAACAACCACAGCCAGAGGCACCACCUCCAAGUUCGGAACCAGAAUGCAAGGAUAUGGUUCAUCCUCGAACUGGAAUAUCGGAUUGUCCGCAAAGAGCCUACCUCUGUAAAGACCCGAAUUACGCAAGUUUUAUGGCAGUGCAGUGCCCAAAAACCUGCGGCUACUGUUAA